CUUUGACGGAAACGAUCCUGGAGAGGCAUCCGAGCACUACCACAGAAACGGCAUCUAUGAUGGCCAAAACAAACCAAGUGGCACCCCCGAAGAAGUACGAAAUUGAGAUGGUCUGGUGGAACGUGUUCAAGAUCACGCUCAUUCAUGUCAUCGGUAUUUACGGCAUAUACGAAAUGUAUUACAGCAAGUGGCAGACGCACGUCUUUGGUAACAUCAUCCUCAUCUUCUCCGGCAUCAGUGUCACGGCCGGAGCGCACAGGCUUUGGUGUCAUCGAGCGUACAAGGCGAAGACGCCGCUCAGAAUUUUCCUCAUGCUGUUCAACUGCGUUGCGGCUCAGAACGACCUGUACGAGUGGGUGCGUGACCACCGCGUCCACCACAAGUACUCAGAGACCGAUGCCGACCCGCACAACGUGAACCGCGGCUUCUUCUUCGCGCACGUCGGCUGGCUCUUGUGCCGGAAACACCCGGAAGUGACCGAAAAGGGCAAACACAUCGACUGCAGCGACAUUCUGCAAGACCCAGUGGCCAGGUUCCAAAAGCAGUACUACAUGUGGCUGGUGUUACUUUUCUCCUUCGUACUGCCCACCGUCAUCCCUGGUUUGCUGUGGGGCGAGUCAUACUGGAACGCCUUCUGCACGGCUACCAUGCUGCGCCUCAUCCUGUCACUCAACUUCACGUGGUCGGUUAACAGCUUCGCCCACCUGUGGGGCAACAAGCCUUUUGACAAGAGCAUCUCCCCGACCGAGGCUCCCUGGGUGUCGUUUGUCGCCGUCGGAGAGGGCUUCCACAAUUUCCACCACACGUUUCCCUGGGACUAUUCGACCAGCGAGCUGGGAUGGAAGCUCAACAUGAGCACCAUGUUCAUCGAUAUCAUGGCCAAGCUCGGCCAGGCGUAUGACCUCAAGACCGUCUCCAGGGAAGCUGUACUUGCCCGGAAACUGAAGUCAGGAGACGGAACGCGGCUACCCAGGAGGUUCCGUCAUAUGGCCGCGCAGGAAAGAGCAAGUGCUGCCGCAGCGGCAACAGCGGCAAUAACGGGAACAAGCCAGGGCUGAUGGUACCUGAGUAUGCUUGAAUGGAGAGGAUCUUACAAAAUGUAUUGAUAGAAGGAUGGCGGCCCAUGAUUGCAAGAGUGAAACGCCAGCGCCAGUGAGCCGACGACGCAGCAUUCACGCAGCGCAACCGCAUGCUUCAGACAUUUGUGAUGUGUAUAUUCAAUUGGAGGUGUAUUGCGGCCUGCCCUGAUGCCUGUUUUAAGGGCUUGCCUUACAGCAUAUACCUACUGAAAGCACUGAAUACUUGUUGACACCGACGCACAGCACACGUUGGCGGUCUUUCGCCUAGAAAAGAUGUCCCGUCAAACAUGUGUUGGCCUGAAGCAAAAAAAAAAAAAACAUACGCAUACUCGUUGAGUGGCCUGCUUUACGCAAUAUCUAAUCAACACUUAAUUAAAGAAAAGGCUUCAUUUGUGAAAAGAAACAUGUAUGUGCGCGUAGAGCUAAUGCGUACAAGAAAAUAUUGUGACAAGCGCUAGCACAAGUACUCAAGAAGCCGGUAUAAACUCGUGUACGAACUCAAGUUCUAACAAGCUCACGAAGAAGAGCAUAGUCAUCACAGCCUUCGCUUUUGUGGUCUGAUAAUACAAUUUUGGAGUUCAGAAGCGACAAGUUCUGAGCAUAUACUCUGAUGGACUCAUUAGUGCGUACGAACAUGCUGUCAUUCCAUUACGAUUAUUCACUAAGAGUGAAACUUGUAGUCAUGAUAUUUUUCUUGCUCAUUAAGCCUUUGUAUAUAGUCAUGUGUUGAUGCAAGAAAUAAAAACGUGUUCCACAUAA